UACCGGCCUUUCGUCCCCGGGUAGAGGCGCUCGGUGGGCACAGGCGCGUCCGGAGAAGGGUGGACAUGGGCCGCGCAGCCGCCGGCUCCUCGGGUCGCUGCAGGCAGCGAUGCGGGUUGCCGAGCAGGCGGCGGCAGCGUCGCCCAGCUCCGGGGAGGCGGAAGGCUUCAGCGUACAGGCGCAGGAGGGCGCGCCGCCGGCGGAAGGAGCCCUGUCCCAAGAGCCUGGGGCAGGUACAGCGCGGGGCCUCGGACAGUGGCUGCUGUGUUGUGUACCAGGAACCGUGUGCGUCCCGAGACGACUGGCGCUGUGCUCAGUCCAUGCACGAAUUCUCAGCCAAGGACAUCGACGAGCACAUGGUUAACCUGGACAAGUACCGGGGUUUCGUGUGCAUCGUCACCAACGUGGCCUCCCAAUGAGGCAAAACAGACGUAAACUACACUCAGCUCGUCGACCUGCACGCCCGAUAUGCUGAGUGCGGUUUACGGAUCCUGGCCUUCCCUUGCAACCAGUUCGGGAGGCAGGAGCCAGGGACUAAUGCCGAGAUCAAAGAGUUCGCCGCAGGCUAUAACGUCAAAUUCGAUAUGUACAGCAAGAUCUGUGUGAACGGGGAUGACGCCCACCCGCUGUGGAAGUGGAUGAAAGUCCAGCCCAAGGGGAGGGGCACCCUGGGAAAUGCCAUCAAAUGGAACUUCACCAAGUUCCUCAUCGACAAGAAUGGCUGCGUGGUGAAGCGGUACGGUCCCAUGGAAGAGCCCCUGGUUAUCGAGAAGGACCUGCCCUGCUACCUGUAACCCCACAAGUGUGCCCCCCUACCUGAGCCCACCACCCGUGCCCCUCGGAGCCUUCCACCCGGCACCCAUGACGGCCUGCCUGGAAACCAGCCCGCUGGCGGGGCAGACCCGAGAACCUGGCGUGCACUCCUGCCGGAGGAAGGCCCCUUGGCCCGGCCUGGCUUGCGGCUCAGUACCCCCACCCCUGGCUGCCUUGUGGGAAUAAAACAUAGAAAUUGG